GAAACCUCCAAAAGCCCCUAGUGAAACGCAAUAUCAUCUAUUCCUAUUACUAUAAACAUUAGGUACCACCUAACGCCGUUCGGACUUAAGACCACUAUGCUUCAAUUAAUUCUCCGAUAUGACUCAUAUCUCGAAGAUCAUGUCGUCGCUGAGUUGAAAUGUAUCUAGAUAGACCACAUCGCAACUCGCCAUGGCAUCCUACCCGCCAAUUGUACCCGAGAAUGGGGCGACCUUCACUUCUACCAUACACAAAAGUUCAUAUCCCUUUCUUAGGACGGCGAAACACUUGGGUCACCACAUCUUGAUUACCGGUGGCACUAGAGGGAUCGGUCGAGCCAUUGCCCUCUCAUUUGCCAGAGCAGGCGCUAAAGCCAUUGCCGUUGCAGACAUAGCCGAAUCACCCGGACAACUAAUUGGCGACAUUGCAGCAGCUGCGCGAGAAAAUGGCCACGAUGCCCCGCAGGUGGUAAUAACUAGGCUUGAUGUUACCGAUGAAGAAAGUGUAGGUAAAUGCGCUAGGUAUAUUGAGAGCGAGUUUAAGGGCAGGCUUGACAUUCUGGUCAACAAUGCCGGAUUCAUGACACCUGCGCUUCCCAUUUCUGAGUCUGACUCCGGUUCUUGGUGGCAGACAAUGGAGGUGAAUUUGAAAGGAGUGUACCUAAUGAGCAAGUACUUUAUCCCGCUACUCCUCUCUGCUCCUGAGGGUCUAAGGACAAUGAUCAACAUCAAUAGCGUCGCAGCGCAUAACCUUAGACCGAUGGCGUCUGCAUAUGGAACUUCGAAAUCGGCGGUGUUGAAGCUGACUGAGUUUCUGAUGGCCGAGGCUGGGAGUAGAGGGUUAUUGGCGUAUUCUGUUCACCCCGGCGCAAUACUUACGGAACUGGCCGAGAAAGGCAUGCCACCCGAGACUCUUCCCACUCUCAACGACAGCGUAGAUCUAACUGGCGACACGGUGGCUUGGCUCUCAAGUGAGAAACGCGAAUGGCUGGCUGGAAGGUAUUUAAGCUGCACUUGGGACAUGAAUGAAUUGCUUGAGCGUCAAUCUGAGAUUGUGGAAGGGGAUAAACUCAAAGUGAGGCUGGUCGUAUAGGCCAGAAGAAGUGUUACAAUCGAUAUGAACGCCUUGA